GUGAACUUAUUCCUCCGGCAUAUAUUGGGCUCAUCCUGUGUGGGCCUCAGCCCACGAGCCUCACACGUGCCAUCGACGAGCCCCUGUGCCGUCUAACCGCCGCCGCCGGCCCAGCGCGCCGCCCUCCCCCUCCGGCCGGCCGCCCCACCGUCGGCGCAGCCGCGCUUUGCUCCGACGGCGCCCACCGCUUCCGUCGGAGCUGGCCGGUUCAUGUGCAGAGCGACCGGCAGCAGUGGCCCCAUCGGCUAAAGCGGUGGCGACUCCAUCUGCGGCGACGAGCCCAUCGACUAAGGCGGCGGCGGCGGUGCAACCAUCAGCAGAUCAGCUACGGAGGCGGUGGACUCCUUGGCCGUUGGGGGAAGCGGAAAGCUCGGCGGAGGUCCUUGGUCGUAGGCCGAGCCUCUGCCACAGGAAGGUCUGGUUACACAUGAAGCAUGGGAGUUCAUCAAUGGCAAGCUUGGCCUUCAAUAUCACUCCAGUCCAAUCGCCAGAACAAUCCGUGUGCUCACUAUUGCUCCAUUUCUUUAGUCUUGUUCUCUUAUUUGCUCAGCCUGAUUAUUCCGUUAUAUUUUCUAAUAUGAAUUUCUUAUCGAUAAGACGAUAGUGCUCUAUCUGAAUUUCAUUUGUUAAUUUCUCUAGCUUCAGUUUCUGAUUGAUGGUCCGAUCUGAAAUUCAGAAGCAAGAAAUGCGAUACCCAUGCUAAAAUUCAGUGAACUUUUUAUCUAAUCCCAAACAGUUCUUUUAGGCUGUUUAUGAUUCACUGGUAUUUUAGGUUGGCCAAUAGGUAUGUAUGGCUGUAUCAUUAUAUCAAAAAAAAGAUAAAAUAGGUAUGGCUGUAUUUCCUUUACAAGUGAGAAAAUCUGUUAGCUUCUUGGUAGGUUUCCUUAUUGGCUAUACUUGAAUUUAGGCCAACUUACCUCAGUUCAUCCACGGACCACGGUUCAGUUUCAAACUUGCUGUUAUCUCUAGGGUGGUAAGAUGGAGGAACUUCGAAAAGCUCUUAUUACUCAGUGAUCCAUAUGCAUUGUCUAUAUUUGCACCAUCAAAUAGUACCUAAACAUCGCGUUGAGUAUAGCAACACUAUCAAUUUCAGGAAUUAAGCCGGAGCUCCUCUGCAUCAGUUAUACGCGCACUAGCUAGAUUUUGAAGUUAAAACCCACUGGAGCAGCCGUGGCCCAUGGGUGCAGGUGCAAAGACACCCAAUAAAUUAUGUUUUACAUGAAAAGGAUAGAUUUGGAACCAAUUGUUGCACCAUUGUUUUAGCCAAAACCAACAACACGCUUGCUUUACCAAAUUCAACUGACCUAUUCAAGUAGCACACCAACCAAAGUGCACACUAGCGUGCAGCAAUAAUCAAUUUUGGAAUCUACCAUAUUUUAUUUAUUUAAUUAAUUUUUACACUAAUUAGAGUUCUCCCAUGAUUACCCCACCUUAAUUUAGGAAGCAUUUUUUGGCUUUGUGAAGUUCCCCCAAAGUGCUACAUUUUGGUUAAGAGACACUAAAUGCUAUUUCAAGUAGCCAAAACAAAGCAUAUGGAUCAGCUAAUGUCUUUAAACUAUGGAAACAUGAUGCUAGUUUGUGAAUAACAAGGUCUGCUAUAACAAUUGGGAAUUAACAAAGCACAACUUGCUAUAGUUCAACUGAACAAAAUAAUUUUCAUAAAAUGAGAUCAACUUGGUGAAGGAUGUGUAAUUCUCCUGGAACUUGUCAAAAUACUGUGAAUAUAUAUACUAUUUUAGAUGAAUUUAGGAAUGAGCGGAUUUUGGUCAAUAACCAGCUCCAGGAAGUUUUCGACUAUAGAAAGCAUUAUUCACAAAUUUCUAGGUUCUUUGCAAUUAUAUUUGCAAAGAAAACAGGGAUCAACAAUUUUUGUAUUGUGUGUCAAAAAUCACAAGGUUUGAAUUUUCAAAUACAUGUUUUCCUUAUAAAAAUCAACGGGAGAAAUACUUGUCGUAUAUUGUGCUUAAAGUUUGUAUUUUAAGGAUUCAGGCUUGUAGUUUGACUUCAAUUUUUAAUUUUCACACUAUAAUUCAGUGACUUCUAAACAUAAAACUUUGACUAAUUCAAAUUCAUGUUAACUUGGAAUUAGUAUAUUAUCCUUUGUACCAAUUCCAUUUAUGGGGAUCCAAUGGGGCCAUGGAUUAAUCAGCUGGACAGCUGGUUGGCAUAACUUCUCAUUCUGUCCACGGGAAGAUUAAGUUAAAAGUCAUUGUGCCCACUGGAACAUAAGUAGAACUCAAGAAAUAGUACAUAGUACAUGAUAUUUUUGACCAGGAACCGAGUACAUGAUGUACAUCCAAUAUUAUUCGUCUACAAUGUACACGAUUUUUAAGGUGCCAUGCAUCGAUAAAACAGAGACCGGCAAGAGUUGUGUAUAAAAGGUGAUUAGGUGUCAAUUACCAACUGAGGCCAUCGUGGUGAGUACUUCGGUGGGAGUGAUGAACUCACUGCUUGUGAAGCUCACCUCCCUGCUGGGAGAGGAGUACAAACUGCUCAAAGCGAUCAACAAAAGGAGUGGAGGAACAAGGUUCGCAAGCUCUCCUGCGACAUGGAGGAUUGUGUGGACCGUUUCAUGCACAAAAUCAGUGAGCACAAUGGAUUGGCUGGUGACAUCGAUAUCUGACUUUAUGGCUCGUGUCCAGGAUGCAAUUGAGCAUCGUGACAGGUAUAAGCUCAGUGAGUCUGUCCCCACGGCUACACCGACUCAUGUUGUUGCCAUUGAUCCUCAGCAUCUAGCACUGAAUGAAGAGGAAGAUGGACUUGUAGGCAUUGAAGGUCCGAAGCAGAAAAUCAUAAGAAUGUUAAUGGAUGAAGAGGAGGGAUCACGGAAACUCAAGGUGAUUUCCAUCGUGGGCUCUGCUGGUAUUGGCAAGACUACCCUUGCCAAGCAAGUGUACCUGGAAAUCAAAGGCAGAUUUGAUUGUUCGGCUUUUGUGUCCUUGUCUCAAAAUCCAAGCAUGAAUAAGAUCUUCACACAUAUACUUUCACAGGUGGGGUUCAAAACCCGAAGACCUUUGCACCGUGAGUAUGAUCUCAUCGAUGAACUUAAACAAUAUCUCAGGGGAAUGAGGUACCUCAUUGUGAUCAAUAAUAUUUGGAGUGAAUCGGUAUGGGAUACGAUCUGCUUGGCUUUUGCACUUCGUAAAUGUGGUAGUAGGGUUAUAAUAACUACAUGUAUUGAGGAUCUAGGGAGUGUAUGCCGCCCAAACUUUUAUGGGCACAUCUACAAGGUUGAACCACUUAAUGAUUUUGACUCGAGAAUGUUAUUCUUCAGAAGAGUUUUUAGUAAUGAGGAUGCUUGUCCUGAUCAUUUAAGAAAAGUAUCAGAGGAAAUUUUAAGGAUGUGUGGAGGUGUACCAUUAGCAAUAACUAGUGUUGCUAGCAUAUUGGCUGGUCAAGGUGACAUGAUGAUCGAGAAAUGGGAGAGGAUACUAAGCUCUCGUGGUUAUGAGUUGGAAACAGAUCCUACUAUAGGAUGGAUGAGACAUGUUCUGAGCUUUAGCUACAGCAAUCUUUGUCCUGAACUUAGGACUUGUCUAUUAUAUCUUUCUACAUUUCCAGAAUAUUGUUCGAUUCGCAAGGAUGAUCUGAUCAGACAAUGGAUAGCUGAGGGUCUAGUUAAGGAGAAAUUUGGAUGCGAUCAGUAUGAAAUUGCAGAAAUUUACUUCAAUAAUCUGAUUAAAAGAAGUAUAAUCAACCCUGUUGAUAUCGAUGAUUGUGGAAUGGUGAUGUCUUGUCGAGUGCAUGAUCUGAUGAUUGAUCUUAUCAUAUCAAAGGCCAUUGAAGAAAACUUUAUUGCUAUAUUAGAUGAUCAGCAUACUAUGAGAGGAUCUCAUGAAGCACGUCGAUUUACCCUUCACUUCAACCGAGACCUGGAAAAUACAGAGCAGAACUUGGUGCUGACAAGAUCAGUUCACCACCAAACUCGAUCAAUUAGCUUUUUGGGUCCUAUUCAAUGCAUGCUUGUUAUAUCAGAGUUCAAGUACUUGCGACUCCUACAGAUUGAAGUUUAUUACUCAAACAUUGACAGCUAUGAUUUAACUCAUAUGUGUGAAUUUUUCCAAUUAAGAUACUUCAGAAUCAGAGGUAUCCUCUGCAAACUUCCAGAAAAGAUUGGAGGACUCAAAUAUCUGGAGACAUUCGAUAUAGAUGAUAACGUGAAAAAUAUUCCAUCAGAUGUUUGUAAGUUGUCAUCAAUGGCACAUCUGACUUUACCAAAGCAUGCAAAGAUUCCCAGCGGCAUUGAUAAAUUGGUAGCCCUCAGAACUCUGAAGGUCUCAACUAGCUAUGAUACAUCAAUAGAAUUCUAUGAGGGCUUUGGCUCUCUGAGAAAGCUAAGAGAGCUUGAGCUUGGUGCGACUAAUUACAUGUCAAGAGACAAGGUUGUUUCACUGGCUGCAUCUCUCAUGAAACUUGGAAGCUGCAGUCUUCGGUCCCUGAUUCUUCGCAACGGUGACUUAUCACUUGAGGCCGGUGACCGCCUGAAUUUUUGGUCCCCUCCUCCGCUCCAUCUUCGCAGGCUUCAUGUUUUCGAGGUCGUCUUCUCAUAUGUUCCAGAUUGGAUCGCAAAACUUGAUAAGCUCACAAGCAUGGUUAUUCGUAUUCGCGAGAUCUCGAAGGAUGGGUUUGGUGUUCUUGCAAGGUUGCCUUGCCUCCUUUUCCUUAGAUUGAGUGUUCAUCGUGUCAAGGAAGAAGACGCCACCAUUGUUGUCUGCAGUAGGACAUUCCAACAUCUGAAGGAAUUUUGGUUCAGAUAUAAGGUGCCAUGCCUGGUGUUUGAGCCAUUGGCGAUGCCCAGACUGCAGAUCCUGAAUAUACAAUUCGACGAAGAAUGCCUGUAUGGAAGGGAUGAUGGUGUACCAUGUGAACCGGCUGGCAUCGAGCACCUGACUAACCUUAUGCAAAUCUCUGCACAUAUUCAUCUAGCUCACCAUUGGAUGUGGCAAACUCCGGCCUUGCCGCGAAGAAAGGUUAAGCAUUUUAGUGAAAGACAUGAUGAGGAUGGCCAUGGCCAGGUUGAAGAAGAAGCUCCAGUGUACAAAAAGGCAGCGGAGGCCAUGUUGACAAGAGCAACCAGCAAGCAUCCUGGGAUUCACUAUGUUAAUAUUCAGUUUAUACAGAUGUAAAUGAUCAUCCUUUUUUACAGAAGAUUUGCUGCUAAUGUGUAUAUGAUGCUAGUGAUUGCACAUAUUUCAGAAUUGUACUUCCCACUGUUUAUACCA